AUGGCCGACGAAAAACUCGCGAAAGUGGACACAAACGAGACGGACGUCGAAAAAGGUCCGCUAGAUGAUGGUAGCGUCAAGAAGACCUCCGCUGCCAACGCCAACGCCCGCUCGACGCGCAAGGUCGAGAUAGACACUGGCGAGGAGCUCGUGAGGUUCCGUAGACACUGGUGGCAAAUCUGGCUGCCAAAGGACCCUCCGCCCCCUGCGCCUUCGUCCUUGGACGACGCGUCCAUCAUCCCGGUUGUCUUCUCGUCGAUCUUCGCCAUUCUCUCGUACACAUGGCUCAACCCUCUCAUGAGCUUGGGCUAUCAGCGCACCCUUCAGGCCACCGACCUCUGGAAAAUGGACGAGAGCCGCGAAGCGGGAGUGCUCGGCGACAAACUGGACCAGGCAUGGGCACGUCGCGUCAAGGCUGCGAACGAGUGGAACGCGCGCCUCGCCGCCGGUGAUAUCAAACCCUCGCUCUACAAACGCGCCAAGUGGUCUGCCCAGGCACUCCGCGGCAGCGGGACGUACGGGGAGCGUCGCAUCGCGCUCGAGGAGCAGUGGCGCACGAUCGGCGGCAAGAAGGAGCCCAGUCUGGCGUGGGCACUGAACGACGUCUUCGGCCGUGACUUCUGGUUUGGCGGCGCGUUCAAGGUCAUUGGCGACACCUCCCAGCUCAUGGGCCCCGUUCUGGCUAAGGCGAUCAUCAAUUUCGGGAAGGAGCACGCUGCUGCGCUUGAGGCUGGACAGACGCCCCCUCAGCUCGGACGCGGCGUCGGCAUGGCCAUUGGGUUAUUCUGCAUCACGGUAUGCGCCAGUGUCUGCACGCACCAGUUUUUCUGGCGCUCGAUGACCACCGGCAUGUUCGCGCGCGCUGCGCUCAUCAGCUCAAUUUACAAGCGUGGCGUGAGUCUGACGGGCAAGGCUCGCACGAAUCUCAGCAACUCCGCCCUCGUGACCCACAUCUCCGCGGACGUUAGUAGAAUAGAUGCCUGCGCGCAGUGGUUCCAUGCCGUGUGGACCGCGCCCAUUCAAGUCACGAUAUGCUUGAUCAUUCUGCUCGUCCAGCUCGGUCCCUCGGCUCUCGCAGGCUUCUCGCUCUUCCUCCUGAUCAUCCCGAUUCAGGAGCGGGUCAUGUCCUUCCAGUUUAGAGUCGGCAAGAAGUCGCUCAAGUGGACAGACAAGCGGGCGAAGAUUAUCCUCGAGGUCCUCGGCGCAAUGCGCGUGGUCAAAUAUUUCUGCUACGAGCAGCCGUUCUUGAAGCGUAUCUUUGAGGUUCGCCAUGAGGAGCUCAAAGGCAUCAAGAAGAUCCAAGUCGCCCGUUCCGCCAACGUCGCCGCCGCCUACUCCGUCCCCGUCCUCGCAGCCACGAUCGCAUUCGUGACCUACACCUCGACCUCGCACGCCUUCGACGUCGCCAUCAUCUUCUCCUCGCUCUCGCUCUUCCAGCUCCUCCGGCAGCCGCUCAUGUUCCUCCCGCGCGCGCUCUCCGCGACGACCGACGCGCAGAACGCGCUCGCGCGCCUCCGCAAGGUCUUCGACGCGGAGACCGCCGACCCCGCGGACGCGAUCGCCGUCGACCGCGAGCAGGAGUUCGCCGUGGACGUGAAGGGCGCGACGUUCGAGUGGGAGGAGAGCGGCGCGCCGCCCGAUGCGGACGCAAGGAGGAAGAAGGGCGCCAAGGGCGCCGAGGGGAGUGUGAAGGCUGCGGCGGCGCCGACGACGAUGGCGAACGCGCCGUUCCGGGUGAGGGAGAUCAGCAUAGCGGUGCCGAGGGGCACCCUCGUGGCAGUUGUGGGCUCUGUUGGAAGUGGCAAGUCCAGCUUGCUCCAGGGCCUCAUCGGGGAGAUGCGCAAGAUUGAGGGGCACGUCUCGUUCGGCGGGCGUGUCGCGUACUGCUCGCAGACGGCGUGGAUCCAGAACGCGACCUUGCGGGAGAACGUUCUCUUCGGCCAGCCGUUCGAUGAGGAUCGGUACUGGAAGGUGAUUGAGGAUUCUUGCCUGUUGCCGGACUUGCAGGUGCUCGCGGACGGCGACCUGACGGAGAUUGGUGAGAAGGGCAUCAACUUGAGUGGUGGGCAGAAGCAGCGCGUCAACAUCGCUCGCGCCUUGUACUACAACGCCGAUGUCGUCAUCUUCGAUGACCCUCUUUCUGCCGUCGACGCGCAUGUCGGGAAGGCUCUCUUCGCCGACGCCAUCCUGGGCGCCCUCCGCAACCAAGGCAAGACCGUCAUCCUCGUGACUCACGCCCUGCACUUCCUCUCUCAGUGCGACUAUGUCUACACGCUUGCGAACGGCCGCAUUGCAGAGCAAGGCACGUAUACCGAGCUCAUGGGCCACGGCAAGGAGUUCGCCCGCCUGAUGCAAGAGUUCGGCGGCGACAACAAGGAAGAGGAGGAUGACGCGGAGGCAGCGGCUGAGGAGGACGUCACCGAGGCCGCUGCGAAGCGGGCCGCGCCUGGGGCCGUCGACGACGCGAAGACGAAGGCCGUGGCCGUUCAGAAGAAAGGCGCGGGAACGGGCAAGCUCGAGGGCCGGCUUAUCGUGCGGGAGAAGCGCACGACGGGCUCCGUCAGCUGGCGAGUGUACGGCGACUACUUAAGGGCGGCUCGCGCGUUCUUUACGGGGCCGAUCCUCGUGGCAUGCAUGUUCGCGAUGCAGGGCAGCCAGAUCAUGAACAGCUACACGCUCAUCUGGUGGCAGGCGAACACCUUCGACAGGCCCAACUCGUUCUACCAGAUCCUGUACGCCUGCUUGGGUGUCUCCCAGGCGCUCUUCACCUUCGGCGUCGGGAUGGCUAUGGACGAGAUGGGUUUCUUCGUUUCGGAGAACCUGCACCACGACUCGAUCCGCAACAUCUUCUAUGCGCCCAUGUCUUUCUUCGACACUACGCCGAUGGGCCGCAUCCUCAGCGUCUUCGGCAAGGACAUGGAAAACAUUGACAACCAGCUGCCUGUGUCCAUGCGUCUCUUCGCACUCACUAUUUCCAACGUCAUCGGAAGCGUGAUCAUCAUCACAGUCGUAGAGCAUUACUUCAUCAUCGCGGCUCUAGGGAUCUUCCUUGGAUACAGCUACUUCGCCAGCUUCUACCGGGCUAGCGCGCGGGAACUGAAGCGCAUAGACGCUAUGCUGCGCUCCCUGCUAUAUGCGCACUUCGCGGAGUCCCUCUCUGGCCUCCCCACCAUCCGCAGCUAUGGAGAAGUGAACCGUUUCCUCCGGGAUAACGAGUACUAUGUGGACCUCGAAGACCGGGCGGCGUUCUUGACAGUAACAAACCAGCGGUGGUUGGCUAUCCGUCUAGACUUCCUCGGAGGUAUCAUGACUUUCAUCGUGGCCAUCCUUGCUGUGUCGAAUGCAUCUGGAAUCAACCCGGCGCAGAUCGGUCUUGUACUGACCUACACCACGUCCCUGACGCAAUUAUGUGGCUUGGUAACUAGGCAGUCUGCUGAGGUCGAGAACUACAUGAGCUCCGUAGAGAGAAUCGUCGAGUACAGCCGAGAAGACAAGAUCCCACAAGAAGCCGAGCACGAGAUCGUCGAAGAGAAGCCUGCGCCAGAAUGGCCCGCGCACGGCACCGUGGAGUUCAAGGAGGUCGUUAUGCAGUACCGGCCUGGCCUGCCCUUCGUCCUCAAGGGCUUGUCUUUGAAAGUCGAUGGGGGAGAGAAGAUCGGUGUCGUGGGCAGGACCGGAGCGGGAAAGUCUAGCCUGAUGCUUGCGCUUUUCCGGAUCAUCGAGCUCACCUCGGGUUCUAUCACCAUCGAUGGCAUCGACAUCUCGAAGAUUGGGCUCAGGGACCUCCGGAGCAAGAUUUCUAUCAUCCCGCAAGAUCCCCUUCUUUUCAGCGGAACGAUCCGGUCGAACCUCGAUCCAUUCAACCUUUACACGGACGCGCAACUGUGGGACGCCCUGCAUCGUUCAUUCCUGGUCGAGUCGUCCAAGGCGGACGAGGCUGGCGUUUCUUCUGACGGGACUCACACCCCGACGUCGAGAUUCAACCUCGACAGCGUGAUCGAGAGCGAAGGCUCAAACCUCAGUGUGGGCGAGCGCAGUUUGCUCAGUCUUGCCCGGGCUUUGGUGAAGGAUAGCCAAGUAGUUGUUCUCGAUGAAGCGACGGCAUCGGUGGACUUAGAAACAGAUGCGAAGAUUCAACACACGAUCCAGACGCAGUUCCGCCACAAGACGCUGCUGUGCAUCGCCCACCGUUUGCGCACUAUCAUCUCAUACGACCGCAUCCUCGUGAUGGAUGACGGGAAGAUUGCGGAAUUCGACACGCCCCGGAACCUGUUCAACACGGCCGGCAGCAUCUUCCACGGCAUGUGUGAGCGCAGCGGCAUCACGCAGGACGAAAUCGACCGUUCGCGUUCCAGAGUCGCGUAG